AUGGCCCUUUACGGGGCUCCGGUGUGGGCGCGCGUCGCCGCACAACAGAAGAGUCCUCCUGCAGAUGGGGCGGCGCGCGGCACAGAGGAUCGCGCGCUGCUACCGUACCGUAUCCGCCAUGGCGGCGCAUAUCCUCGCGGGGAUCCCACCACUGGAUCUCCUGGCGGAGAUGUACUACAAAUUGUACCGACGUACAAAGGAGAUCCGCCGGGGGGUACCCAGGGGGCCUCCGAGGAAUUGGACCGCGAAGUCGAGGUGGCCAGGUCCCAAGGCUGGCGGUCUCUAAUGGCGCAGUGGCAACGCCAACUGGCCGAUUACGACCACUUGGAGAUCGUCAGGGCCGUCCAACCCGUCUUCGAUAGAUGGAUGGACGGCAGCCGUGGUCUCACUUACGAGAUGUCACAGAUACUCUCCGGGCAUGGUUGCUUCAGAGAGUAUCUGUUUCGGAUCGGUCGCGAGUCCGCACCAACGUGUCGCGCGUGCAACUCCGCGCCGGACUCCGUCGCUCAUACACUGCAAGAGUGCCCCGCCUGGGCGGAGGAGCGACGCGAGCUCCGGGCGAAGUUGCGGGUAGGAUACCUCACGAUACCGGCUAUCGUUGAUGCAAUAGCCGGUGAGGGUGAGGAGAGGGAGAAGAAGUGGCAGGCCUUCUGCCACUUCUCCUCCCGUGUCAUGGGCAGCAAGGCGGCUGCGGAGAGAGAGAGAGAGAGAUGGCGGGAGACCCUACACAUAGGCCCAGACGCCCUCGUAAGAGGCGUCUCGGCCUCAUGCCGCUCCCGGGAUCCCCCGUCGUCGUUCGGCCCAUCUUCGGAUGGGCGGGCGGCGGCGGCCCCAAAGGGUGGCAAUCGCGGGGGCUGGAGCAACACCGGCCCCCAUGAGGGCAGCAGCUUCUAG